UCUCUCUCUCUAUAAAUACCAAUCCAUAGCAGCAUUUCCAAAUCCAAGGCAGGAACAGACCAAACCGAUAAUAACAAAACCCCUGCCCACGACCAUUCCUCCCUCCCCCUCUGCACCCCUAGCUCUUCCCCCAAAUCCUUCAUUAUCAAUAGUGGUGGGCAUGGCAUCCUCUGUAUCGUGGACGGCGACGGAGGACAAGAAAUUUGAGAGGGCACUGGCCAUCCACGACCAGGACACCCCGGACCGCUGGGAGAAGGUGGCUGCCAUGGUGGGUGGGGGGAAGUCCGCGGCCGACGUCAAGCGCCACUAUGACCUCCUCAUCGAAGACGUCCAGCGCAUCGAGUCCGGGAACGUCCCUUUCCCCAACUACCGUACCACCAACCGAUAUGCCAACGGCUUCUGAUCUUCUUUCUCUGCUACGGCAGGUCAGGGAGUUUGGUCUUGUGUGUCGUAUAUAAUUUCUUCUUUCUGGCGAUGUUUGAUGCUAAACAGCUAGCUUCACAUGCAGCUGCCUAAUAGAUCUCCGUCGACAAUAGUCGACUAGUACUGAUGGAGUCAACCCGUCCAUGGAAAUGCUGUUAUGGUCACAGCUGGAGCGUCCUGCUUUUUUUUUUUUGCUUUUCCUCCCC